AUGAGUCUACCGCUUGCAGGAAAGUUGGCUGUGGUGACCGGUGCUUCAAGAGGCAUCGGUAAGGCUAUCGCGACCAAGCUGGGCUCGUAUGGUGCCAACUUGUCCCUAGCCUACACCUCGCCAUCAUCCAAGACUCUGGCAGAGAACUUGGCUCAGGAGUUGCAGUCCAAGCACAACAUCAAAGCAUUCACAUUUGCCGCAGAUCUCGGUACGCCCGAGGGAGGCAGGCAACUCAUCGAGGCCACCAAGGAGCACUUCUCCAAGGAUGGCGGCAACUUCCAGAUUGAUAUCCUCGUCAACAAUGCCGGAGUAGCCCAAAACAACCCCUUGCCCAAGAUCACAACAGCCGAGUUCGACUCCUCCUACAAGGUCAACGUUCUGGGCCCCUUGCUUGUAACCCAGGCUGCCGAACCUUACCUUCCACACGACAGAUCUGGCAGAAUCGUCAACUUGUCAUCCGUCUCUUCUUCUGCCGGCUUCGUCGAGCAGUCCGUAUACGGUGGCACCAAGGCCGCUCUCGAGGCUAUGACGCGGACGUGGUCUCGUGAGCUGUCCGAGAGGGCCACGGUAAACGCCAUCAACCCGGGCCCCGUGCUGGGCGAGAUGUAUGCCAAGAACUCGGACGACUUCAAGCGCGAGAUCAAGGGCUGGUUCGAGCAUUCGCCCCUGAUGAAGGUUCGGAAAGGUAUCGACAGCGACGAGCUGGUCGAGGACGCAAAGCUGAGCGGUGGACGUCCCGCUUAUGUUGAUGAGAUUGCCGGCAUCGUGGCUAUGCUUUGCGGAAAGGACUCUGCCUGGUGUACUGGACAGGUUGUCUGUGCCAAUGGAGGUAUGAUCAUGCUACAUUAG